AUUGGGUAGGACGUGGGCCACCGCAGAGUGGGUGCAGGUUCCUCCCAGGCUCUGUGUGCGUGUGCGCGUGUAUGUGUAUGCAGAUGUCUGUGACGUGCUCACACGUGUGGACCCAUGUCACCUCGAUGAGGACAGCUGUUCUGUCACCACGGGGUCCCCUUGUCCCCCUGUGCAGCACACCCGCCCUUCUCAGCCCCAGCUCCUUUUGAAAUCUGAGUGCCACCCACCUGGGACCUGUGGCCUUCCGGUCGUUAGGCUGCUGGCAGCUUUCCGUCUGUCUCUCCGUGAGGAUGCACAGCACUGUGGCCCCGGGCCCUGCUCCCCACCCACCGACCUAUGGCAUCUCCUCCACCAAGUGGUUUGCGCCUUGGGCGUGCGCCAGCUCCGCCAACACCCUGGGUGGGGAGGGGCCCCGCCGCGGACUUGGGGUCUCCAGCGCGCCGCCCGUGCAGAGCGCAGACUCCCCGAGCACGACGAGGCGCCCGCCUUCCUCCUGGAGUGUGACCGCGCGGUGCUGGGCGCGCUGCAAAGGCACCUGGCGCUGUACAAGAUCCGGCGGAAGGUCACGGUGGAGCCGCGACCGGAGCUGCGCGUGUGGGCUCUGCUGCCCCGCACCCCGGAGGAGGGCGGCGGAGCUGCACCACUGCGGGAGCAGGCCGAGGGGGCCACCAUCCUCACCCGCGACCCCCGGACCGCCCGCAUGGGCUGGCGGCUUCUCACCCAGGACGAGGGCCUGGCCCUGGUGCCCGGCGGCCGGCUGGGAGACCUCCGGGACUAUCACCGGCACCGGUACCAGCACGGCGUUCCGGAGGGGAUCCAUGACCUGCCCCCAGGAGUGGCCCUGCCCCUGGAGUCCAACCUGGCUUUCAUGAAUGGCGUCAGCUUCACCAAGGGCUGUUACAUCGGGCAGGAGCUGACCGCCCGCACCCACCACGUGGGCGUCAUCCGCAAGCGCCUCUUCCCGGUGCAGAUCUUGGGCCCUCUCCCUGCCGGCGGCAUCACCCCUGGCACCUCGGUGCUCACUGAGUCGGGGCAGGCAGCGGGCAAGUACAGGGCAGGCCAGGGGGACGUGGGCCUGGCCUUGCUGCGGUCAGAGAAAAUCAAGGGCCCUCUCCACAUCAGGACCUCUGAGAGUGGCCAACUGGCCUUAACUGCGUCUGUGCCGGACUGGUGGCCCACAGCCACUAAGUAACGCUGGACAUCCCACUGCUCCUGUAGGCUCUGGAGCUGCCGGGGUGCCAUGGGGGGCCCUGUCCCUCUGCUGCACAUCCCCUCUGGAGGCCCCCAGUGUAGUGGGCCUCCCAGGCUGCAGGCAUUGUGGGCGUUCCGGUGUGGCCCCGGCAUUUCCUGCCCAACGUGCUUCCUACCCAGGGCCUGCUGCCUAGCUUGGGCUGUCCUCUCUUGGCUGCUCUGUGGCUAGGAGGGGCAGGAGUCCUCCCGCGACCUCGGGGUGAGGAGAAGCAGGCCCUGCACCUACUUCUGGGCUGAGCUGAGCUGAGCUGAGCUAUAGCUUCUGCCAGAUGAGGAUGGACAGGACCCCAGCUGUAUGGGUUUGGAGGGCGCUUAACCAUCAGCCCAGGACAAGGAUGGUCCAGAGCCUAGCCCCUGGGCUGCCUGCACCCCUCUCCGUCUGGGGUUGGCUGAAAGGACAGGUGGGUUCUGGGAACUGCCUUACCAUGCGUGGGCUGUGGGGGCCCCAACUGUGCAUCGCGGUCUUGGUGGCAUGCACCCCCCCACCCCCGGAGCUGCUCAGGGUGCGGGGAGGAGUUCCUGCUUGGUUUAUUUUGCUGCUGUUUUGAGAUGUGGCUGUGUCUUCACGGUAAGAGGUGACCCCCGCCUUAAAACCACUGAUUUCCAUUGUCCCGUACAAUGUGAAUCUCAUGGUUACAGGGUAUCCCACUUGAUGCUCCAGGGUGGCUAUUAAAGUGUGACCCAGAAGCA